AUGGAUGAUAAUAGAUCUUUGAAAGCCAACAUCAUCCAAGCCUACCAAAUGCCAAGUUCCGACCACCGAAAAUUGAGUGAAGUGUACCAAUAUCUGAGCCCCAACUAUCGAAUCCCGAAAAUCGACCAUCGAGUCCCGACUAUUGAGUCCCGACUACCGAGUCAUGAAACCCGACGCCUGACCAUUGAAUCCCGACAAUCGAGUAUCGAGUCCCAACCAACGAGUCCCGUAUAUCGAGUCCCGACCAUCAAGACCCGAGACCCGAUGCCUGAUGCCCGAGACCCGAUGCCCGAGACCCGAGACCCGGGAUUCGAGACAAGUUCCAACUAUGGUGUCCCGGGUAUCAAAAUCGAGUGA